AUGAAGACGCGAUUGGUUGAAGAAAUCGGUGAAAUGCGCCAGCAAUGCUUUCCUACUAUAUGGUUCGAUCGACAAUUGAUAUUUGAAUUCAAACAUGAAGACUUCGAACCAGGAGACUCGGGAGCGAGUGUUGUGGACAAAAAAGGAAACGCUCUUGGUAUCCUCCAUGCAUCAUGGAUGACAGAAAAUUACAGAGACCACAGAUACUCGUAUGCUAUUGCUUCUCCUUACUUUGCUAUUUUUGAGGCACUGGAAGUUUACCCAGCUUCUAAUCCCACAGUUAUUGCAGAAGCAUCAAGUGCGAAUAAUUGA